GAACCGCCAAAAGACAAAAGCGCCUGUCUCCACUUUUCCGGGUCUUCCUCGCUUAGGUUCCUGCCCACACAUUUUCGAAAAUUGUCAAUUGAACUUUUCCCGCUUGCGAAGGAGGACGACCAUUACAUCCGCGAAUAUCAACGCCCAACGAUCUACUAACCCCUACAACCAGCUUCAUAUUGACCCCUUCGACAAACGACGUCAAAAUGAAGUUCCUCAAGGUCGGCAGAGUCGCCAUCAUCACCCGCGGCAGAUACGCCGGUAAGAAGGUUGUCAUCAUCCAGCCCAUCGACUCCGGCAACAAGUCGCACCCUUACGGUCACGCCAUCGUCGCCGGCAUUGAGCGAUACCCCUCCAAGAUCACCCGCCGCAUGUCCAAGGCCCGCCAGGAGAAGCGCUCCAAGAUCAAGCCCUUCAUCAAGGUCGUCAACUACAACCACUUGAUGCCCACCCGUUACACUCUGGAGCUCGAGGGUCUCAAGGGUGCCGUCUCAAACGACACCUUCAAGGAGGUUUCGCAGCGUGAGGAUGCCAAGAAGAAUGUGAAGAAGGUGUUGGAGGAGCGUUACACCAGCGGCAAGAACAGAUGGUUCUUCACUCCUCUGAAGUUCUAAGCUUGUUUCCUCGUUACGCGUUCUCAUGUCGUUCGGUCCAGGGGUUAAAGGAUUGGGAUGUAAACAUUUGCAUCAUACAUCAGGCAUUAGGAGCCCAUAGGGAAUUGCUUAUGAAUUGACAAAAAAAAACUUGUCACGACCAUCCCACGAUAUUUUACGAUCCGUGAUCACGAGUGACUGCUCCCCUGGGCUACGGCGGCGGCGGAAAAAUUAUGGUUGGAUCGGUCCUACCAGAAGGGACUUGGUUACAACUAAUGGAGGAACGAAAUGCGAGCGUUCGGUCAUUUUGGCGUUCUGAGUCGUAGGGUAAAUGUUACUAUGGUUAUAGUCAACCUCGAUAAUCAACCAAGGUGACAUUGAUUGC